AUGAGUUUUGUGUGUAGAACCUCUAAUCGAGUUACAAGUGACAAUAGAGACUGUGGUAGCGCGCCAUCUAGUUCCAUGGUCAGCUACGAGGCUUGUGUUAUGGAUACCAGAUGGUUGAUACACUACACAUAUAAUGUCCUCCCGACCAAAUUUCCACCACGGCGGACAAUCUCAUCGAAACUAGCCAUCUGCGCAGAAGAUAUUAUAGUGCACAAGUGUGCGCGCAGACACAAGUGCACUCUCCUGUCACUCUCAUACUCCGGUGGAACGACAACUCGACACGACCAGUACGUGUUAAGGCGCAGGACCGACGGUGAAACACCACCAAACUCC